AUGCCGUGGGAGACCACUCUGACGCAAGUCCCUGUGGCUCCCCCUGGAUCAACCUGGACAUCUUCGAUUACGUCAGCAACGCCGCCUGAUAUAAGCGCAUCGGGCCAGCCGUGCCACAUUAGUGGGCAUGGGAGCAACGCUACGAUGCGGCUCACGAAUAUUUUUCGUCUCUGCCUGUUACAGGUUAGUGAAGCUCCUUCUAAGCGCUCCAAUAACGCUUUUCUUGUUGUAUUCCCAUGCCCACAAGUGCUCUUACAACAUGUAAACGAGUGCUUUGAUGUGUUGAAACUGUUACUGUCGGGGGAUGUGGAGCUUAACCCGGGGCCUACUAAACCUCGACAGGGUGGCACGCAGGUGUCCGAAGUACCACCGGAGCCUACGACCGAUGUUGUUAUAACAAUGCUGAGGGACCUCACAGCCCGUUCAAAGCUGAUCGAGGAUGGUCAGGCGCGCAUACUCGAUUCCAUCGGAAGCUUAACGUCAAAACACGCUGAACUGAACGCGACGGUCACAAACAUAUCUGAAAGGUUAAGCUUCAUGGAAAACAGUAAAGGAUCUAUUGGCACACUUCAAAACGAAAAUACUUUGUUAAAAGUACGUUUGUCAGACCUGGAAGAUAGAGUGAGAAGGGACAACCUUUUAUUUUUUAAUGUGCCUGAUAACCCCUCGGAAACAUGGGCGGACUCGGAAAAGGAGGUCAAGAAGAUUGUACUUGACCAAAUGUCGAUUAAUCUUGUCGAUAGCGAUAUCGCGCGUGCGCAUAGAGUUGGCACAUUGCAUCGCGACAGAGCUCGACCAAUAAUAGUAAAGUUUGCAAAUUACAAAACAAAAGAAAAAGUACUCAGCGCAAAAACCAAACUUAACGGAUCAGACAUCACAAUUAGUGAAGACUUCUCGCCAGCUACCCGACAUGCCCGUAAAAUUCUAGUAGACUUUGCGAAACGCUCAGCGCCAGAUGAAAAAUUCAAACUCCGCUAUAACAAACUCACUUUAAACAAUAAGUGUUACGAGUAUUGCGAGGUAAGCGGUGAAGUAAAGGAAAAAUGCAGAAACCCCAGCGCCUCUAAAGCUCCGUAUUCAACUCUUUUUCCACAUGCAUCCACAGAAUAG